AUGAGGCUCCUCGCUGCCCUCGUGGCUGGCGCACAACUGGCAACUGCAGCAACAACAGCAGCAGCAGCAGGGUACGUACAGCCACCAGCAGCGGCUCCGCUCACCUCGCUCAGCUGGGGCCAGAGCGGCGUCCUCCUCGGCCACACGUCCACACUCUUCAUACAGGGCGGAAAGGUCGAUACCCCGGGGUACACUUACACCUCGGCGCCGAACACGGCCGCGGCGCUCGUGCUCCCCCUCAACACCAGCUUCUCCGCCUCGUCCCCCCCGCUGGCGUCGCUCUCCACUCCGACUCCCCCAAACGCACCAGACUACGCUUGGGGGUGUAUCGCCCCGACGUCAUUCGAUCCCACCACGUCGACAUGGACACUGCUUGCGUUCGGCGGUGCCGGGCCAUUCAACUCGGCCGCCCCCACCGGGGCCGACGAUUCGGCGUGGACCGUGACACUCAACACGCACACCUCGUCGGUAUCGCUCACGCACCAGCCUAGCGGGUGGGGCUCACAGCCGUCCCGCCGUCAGCACCUCGCCUGCGUGGCAUACAACACCGGCGGGAUGGUGUACAUCACUGGCGGCCAGAGCACCAACGAUGUCGGCGCGCCCUUUGCCACCGCGUUCGUGUUUGACCCCGCCACGAGCACGUUCCGUCCCCUCCCAGACCUGCCAGUGGCACUCUUCCACCACAUGUCGGUCCUCCUCCCCAGUGGGAUUCUGGUUGUCCUGGGCGGAGUGUACAUUAACCAGCAAACGGGCAUGCCGGCCAUCCAACCCCUGUCGGUCGUGUUUACUCUCGACACGACCAACCCCAACGCAGGUUGGGUGACCGUUGCAUUGUCGGGGCCGGUGCCGCCGGGCCGCCGCGGCGCAAGUGCCACCGUCAUCACAAGUUCUGAGGUGUUUGUGUUUGGAGGAGCCGACGUGACGGCCCAAACGGCGUAUGGAGACGCGUGGGUGCUCAAUCUCAGUGGCGGCGGGAACUGGACCCAGGUCAUUACUCAAGGCCCUUCGCCCCGCUUUGACCACACCGCGGCUGACGGUGGUAAUGGUCAGGUCAUCAUCUACGGAGGCUACCCCGCCACCUCGUCUAACCCCGGCGUCGACAUCAUCCAAGUCACCCCGGCCUCGAGUGGCUCUGGCUCGGGCACAACUUCUGCCCCGCCCUCCGCCACCCCAGUCACCUCGUACACGCCACCUUCAUCCUCGGACUCGAGCAGCAAUGGCCAAGGCACGACCAACGGCGGCUCCUCCCCUGGAGCCUCCGCCGGUCUACCCACGGGCGUGGCUCCUGCCGUUGGCGGUGGCGGCCAGGCGUCUCUGACGUCAAUGUGGCUAACGACGACAGGUGGCGGUGCAACGGCGGCGGUGACGGGCGAGACUGAGAGUGCACCCUCGCCGACUGGCACAUCGGCUAUUCCACCAGCUGCAAAGCGGAAUGGCUUGACUUCCAUGCAGGUCGCAGCGCUGGCCACGAGUGUGUCGAUUAUUGGCGCUGCCCUCCUCGGUAUCUUCAUCUGGCUCUGUUGCUUCCGCAGGCGACACCGAUACUCGCACACCGACCGGGUCGAGGAGAAGGACCUGCCCGUGCUCCCCACCAGCAGGGGUCUGCUGGCAUCAGAUCCAACAGCCGACGACGACCCGUGGGUCAUCCCCAAGCGGAACGCGAUGGCCGCGGCCCUCGGCGUGGGUAUCUCCCGCGUGGCGACGACCAUCCGCAAGGUAUCUGGCGGGCCAGAGGCCGACGCAUACACGCGCUUGCCAACAGGCCGGCCAUCACGCGGCUUAUCCCGCCACUCGACCAGACGCGUCGGCACCGGUAUCAUGCUAGUCGGCGCGACGCCCAACGUCAUGGAGGCCGAGGAGUUUGAGGACCUGCCCCAGCUCACGCCGAUGGUGGCGACCGACUCGGCGCGUUCUCGCCGCUUUUCGAUGCUGAGGAACGAAGACGUCGCGGUCCAGCGCGACCCGUGGGCUGGCAUCUCUGAUCGCGCGAUCAACCGCGGAUCAAUUGACGAGUGGCACCCCGCACACAGUCUCCUCAGCCGCAACGGCAGCCGCCUCACCUCGCCCCCCGGCUCACCGAUGACCCACGGCCCGGUCCCCACGCCCGUCGACUCGCUGCGUGGCGGACCCCCGCCCACCCCAGUCCCCGUCCACGUGCUGCUCAACGACACCGACCCAUUCGCCGACGAGGCUGAGGCGCAGUCGGCCCUUGAGAACCUGCUGGCCUCGCGCACCAGCACGUCCAAGUACCGCCUGCCCGACUUUGCUCCGGGCACGGGCGCCCCUCUGGCCGGCGGCAUGGGCUCGCUCGUGUCCAAGUCGUAUCGCCGUUCCCUCGACCUCUCAGUCACGCCUCCAGGAUCUUAUCUUCGUGCUGGCCCUUCGUCCCCACCUAGCCGGCAGAACCUCGAGACCUCGUCACUGCUCACGAGCCGCGGCCGCGCCUCGCUCGACGCGGGGUCCUACCUCGCCCCGUCCGACAGAAGAACGUCGGACAACUCGUAUAGCUCGUACAUGACGCCCAAGUCGAUGACCUCGUCGAUGGAGCUUACCGAGGAGGCGGUCAUCUCGCACGCGCGACUCGUGUCAAAAUCGUCCGCGUCGAUCGUCACCCCGUCGGUCGGCUCGCCCCCAACGACCGCUGCGUCGAGAUCGUUCCAGGCCAUCCCUGUGCUCACCCCACCAUCGGGCAGCUCGCGAUCAAGCGACAUUCUCCGCCGCGUCUCAGGUGGGAUCAAGGACGCGACCCGUCGCCUGAGUGGCAUGACGCCGCCGGCUCCCGUGCGAGAGGAGGACAUCCGCGACCCAGCACCGCAGCCGUCUCUCUGGCCGCUGCAGCUCACCGGCGACUCUUCCGAGCGUAGCCAUGUCGACGACGACUCGCCGACGACCGACUUCACCCCGCUCGACCUGUUCGCUCCCCUCAGAUCGAUUCGUCUCGACAGCUAUGCGUCGAUGAACACGCUCGGCACGGCACGCAGCAUGACCGACAUGAUGGUCGUGCAGCGCGACCACGCUGAUGACGUCAGUGCCGAGGUCAUCCUCGACGAGACGGGGACGCCGCAGUCGUCGGUCAACUCGAGGACGACGUUCGUCACCGCGCACCAGUCUAUCGCGUCGCGCAACUCUCGCGCCUCGCGCAGCUCGAUCCCGCACACGCCUCCUCGGCAGGUCCGCGAGGCCGAUGAAUGGGAGGAGGAGGUCGACGAGCUGCUGCAUCCCGAGGGCGAGCACCACACGCCCAAGUCGGGCCGCUCGGGGCUGUCAGGCCACACCUUUGGAUCAGUGUACACGUCGGCUUCGUCGACCGAGGUGCUGCCAGCGACCAGCCCACCCUCGAGCCCGGCUCGACAGGCCCCCGCGUCGGAGAGCGCCACGCCACGCCCGCUCACUCCCAUCCCGUCGACUCCACCGCCGCGCGUGUCCCCCGGCCUCGUCUUCGCCACGCCCCCGCGCGUGACAUCGGCCGGCUCAGUCUUCGGCUCUCCGCCGCGCGCGAUCUCGGCGUCAUCGACGCCAGGGCGCACCGUCGUCUCGCCCACGCCGCGCCCCUUCGCCCCCUCAGCGCCGACGACCCCCUCGCGCCUCAUCCCGCAGGUCGUGACCACCCCGCCGCCAAGCACGCCGACUCGGCGUCCCCUGCCCGUGACACCGUCGUCGUCGACCCUGUCGCACGCCGCACCGCCGCUGCUCGGCUCGCCCAUCUCAUCGUCAUCGCCCACCAAGCCGCUCACCCUGAAGCGAACGGCCGUCACGCCCGUGACGGCGCCAGCGGGAGCCACGCCGCCAACGGUGUCCUCCCCGGCUUCGGGCAGGAACCCCCGCCGUCCAGUCAAGGAUGUGGUCGCGUCCAUCAACCGCCGCGGCGGGGGCGUGCCGAGCCUGUUCGACUCGCCGACCGGCACAUCGUCACAGUCGCCUACGACGUCGGCGUCGAGGAGCAGCUCGACCCGCUUCGAGACGGUGCACAAGGCGCCACUCAAGAUUGCCAACCCUGACGCUCAGCAGCGCAAGGACAGUGGGGGCAGCUAG